AUGGAAGCCCUUGGUGCCGUAGCUAGCAUUAUCACUGUCGUUGAGCUCACCGCCAAAGUCAUCAGCAAGUGCAAGCACCUUAUAGAGACGACGCGCGAUGCACCGAAGGACCUACGCCACAUCUUGAUCGAAAUUUCGUCUCUCAAAGCGGCGCUCGAGAGUCUUCAGUUCCUUUCCGAGUCUGCCACGGACGUUUCGGCCACUUUGCGGACGACGAACGAGAUCGAUGGCGCAAUCCAAGGCUGUCGCGAUACCGUGGAGGAGCUAGCCUCGGAGCUCGACGGCCUUUCGAUUUCGCAAAGUGCUCAAACGUCCUCUAGCAAGCGCCAGAAGCUCAAAGGCUCGUUAGGAUGGUGUUUGAAGGAGAGUAAGGCUCGGAAGCUGCUCGAUACGGCGAUACAGCACAAAUCUACAAUCACGCUAGCCUUGUUGGGCGACGUAGCCCGCGAACUGAAGGAGAUCAAGCAGAAUCUCUCAGAUGCGAAGCUCAGGGAGGUCUGCAACUGGUUGGAACAGAUCAAUCCCACGCGCUCCCACAAUGACGCCGUUAAAAUACGUGAAGAAGAGACAUGUCGCUGGAUCCUCCGCCAACAAGAAUGGCGAGAUUGGCGUGGAGGGAAUCGCCGCCCGAUCUGGAUAUAUGGCAUUCCAGGAGCCGGAAAGACCAUUCUCUCCUCGUAUAUCAACCAGCAGGUCCAGGCUCGGUGCGCAGGACAGUCCUCUAAGGCGUUCCAUCUCUACUUCUACUUCUCAUAUCGGCAUACGGACGAUCAAACCGUGGCCUUCCUAAGGUGGAUGCUGAGCCAGCUUUGCCGUCGUCUCUGCUACGUACCAGAAGAGAUACAGGAACUGUACCGCCAAAAUGCCGAGCCGACAUCGUCCGAGUUACUCCACGCUUCCAAGAUCCUACUCCAAGGGCUUGAUAUCGUUUACCUGGUCAUUGACGCCAUCGAUGAAUGUAACACGAGGGCCGAUCUUCUCGACGCUCUAACAAUCAUGUUGACUGAUCCGGAGUUCAACAAAAUCCGUCUGCUUUCCACCAGCCGCGAUUAUAUUGAUAUCCGAAGCCGGCUAGAGCCUCUCUCAUUUUCCCUUCCUAUGUCGAACUCUCUGGUGGAUGAGGAUAUUCGCGUCUACGUGACUGCCGAGCUCCAGAGUAAUCCUCGACUGAGCCGCUGGCCACCGGCUCUUGCAGAUGACAUUUUGGAGUCACUGGUCGAAGGCGCCAAGGGAAUGUUCCGCUGGGUCGCCUGCCAAAUGUACAUCCUGCAGUGGAAAAGAACCGAGUCCGAGAUGAGGAAAGCCCUCAAAGAGCUCCCUGAGACUCUGGAUGAAACCUACCAAAGAAUCCUCCGCGACAUACCUAAAGACGAGUGGCCGUACGCUAGGAAAGCCCUUGUAUGGACUGCAGCGCACGAGAUGAGUUGUUUCCGCCACGGGAUACCCAAUAGUUGCCUGGCUUCCGCGGUCUUCUCCAGCGACAAUCUACUCUCCUGGGGUUACGACGACCUAAAGGAAAUCUGUAGUUGUCUCAUAAACACAUCAUUAGUGGAAUAUGAGCCCGAUGAAGACGAUGAAUAUGGUAGUGUGAUAGAGUUUGGCGCCACCCGUCUCGCCCACUAUACCGUGAAGGAAUUCCUGUUCUCCAACCGUCUUGUUGACAGCGACAUCUCGUACUUCCAUUUGUCCGGACAAGAUGUUAUUCGCGAAUAUUUAGGCGACGUUUUUGGCCACUGUUUGACGCUGGAUCUCUUUAUGCCGCCAGGCGACCGGUUUCACGAGGAUUUCUCCGACUACUGCCGUGAAGCAGCACGGAUCGCGCCCUACUCCUUUGAAGACUUCAUCACGGAGGACGAGAGUCUGUGGAAACUUCAAAUCAGCUUUCUGAACAAACCCAAAUUUCCACCCAAUAGCUAUUCAAGAGCCCUUUUAUUUAUUGGUCUUGAAACCGAUUGGUCUUGGCACGAACUGCCGGAAUGCCUCGUCGAGCAACAAGCGCUUGUCCUGCUUCGUAUGCUACUAGGGGGUUUUAAUCGAAUGUCCGAGAAAUAUUUACUCGAACCUGAUUUGGAGGCCGUCCUGAGUGCCUCUUUUUUUGUCAAUCGUCUUGACAAAGAAUACGAUAUUCGUACCAAUAUUUUGGAGAUGGUCGGAUGUAUCGACCAGGAGGGACGUGAAAUUCUUUUCCGCGUCAUGGGCCAAAGGCUGCAACCAGACAUCUUCCUUAUGCUAUCCGUGGGGACGUGUCUGCAUCUAGACUAUUUCUCGUAUGUUGACUCCUGGGACAACCAUGAAGAGUUCAUCCAGGGAACACUGAGACGUCCUUUGGACAACGGCGCGGAUGCAAACGGAGCCGGCUUCAAGUUGACACCCCUUCAGCUCGCAGCGCUGCACGGUUGCGAACGAGGGGCGCGGAUACUGCUAGAUGCUGGUGCCGAUCCAAAUGCCUUGGGGAACCCUGGAGGGAAAGAUAUUCCGCAAAUCUCCCCCGACGACAUACGUAAGUGUCGCUGGAGUCCACUUCACAUUUUACGUCAUUCGAAGUCCGGCUUUGGGCAUAUGGAUUGGGAAAUGGAUGUGAACUUGUUCGGCGAGGGAUUCCCGAAGUAUGUAGAAAAGACGCAUCACGACCUGGAGUUGCUGUUGCUCCAACGCGGUGCUCGUGAUUUCGUUCUGAGCGAGGAUGGUUGCUUGAUGAUGGGGGACACCGUGACGGAAGACAAGAAGAUGGAGGGAUGGGACAUGGAUUCCCGGGAUUUUGUUCACGCUGAAAAGGGCAACUUCUCGAGUGAAGCCCAUGCGAUUCUUGGUAUGCUGUCUGAAUGCGAGGCUCGGCUUUCGCGGCCGUGAGCGGGAUGAGGUGCAGAGAGUGGUAAACAGAGCAAUAAAAUAGAAG